AUGGCACGCAAAAAGGACCCAAAAAAGCAAGAAAACGAAGAAAGAGAGCUUAAAAAGAUGAACGACAUGCUUGCUGCAGAAAUAAACGUCCUCAAAUGGAGAAUUGGUAAAUGAUAAUCAGCAACUGAACAAGAAAAAGCAGAUAGGUCUCGAGCAGGACAAAAUGAAUGCCGUCAAAAAUUAUACAUAAAUAAUUAUUAUUUAAUUGAAAAAUUAUUAUAUAAAAAUAUUCUAUAUAUAUUUUAAUGAGUAAUAGUAGACCUAAAUCAAGCUUUUGAUGAAGAGAGUAAGCGAGCUUUCCAAAUGACUUCAGAAAUGAAAGCUCAAUAUAAAGUUAUGGUUAAAGAUUUAGAUGAAAAAAUCGGGAACUUAGAAAGAGAAUUAAACGGAGGAGAAUCAGAUUUAUUUGAAAAAGAAAGAAAUAUUAAAGAUAUGGUAAGGACAAAGGAUAAAGAAAUAGAUGAAAAAGAUAAUUUAUAUAUAAAAUGGGGAGUUCUAUUCUAUUCUAUUAAAUAUAACAGUGCAGGCACUAUUGAAGCUCUUAUGAGCUUUUAAACAAUCAUAAAAUGGGGAGUUAAAAACACCUGAAAUCUUGAGCAAUUUUCUCAAACUCAUGACAAAGAUAAUUGGGGGGAAACCAGUGUAGAUUCAGGUCUGAUGUGGGCUUAUGAAUAUUCGAGUAGGCUUUGAAUUAGUCCUGGGGUUUGUAAGAAGUAGCCUGGUAGUGUCCUUAAGACCAUGAAGUUGACCUCACUGAGAUACCAAGGUUGCGGCCUGGGCCAGGGAUUAAGCCUUUUUACUGUGGCUGCUGAAAGCAGGCAUCUGGCACGUCAGACUCUGAAUAUUCCCUGAACAAGCUACUUCUCCAAUGCAUCCGAAGCAGGACUGCAGAAAUUCAUGGUCCGCCCAUCAAAACUGGAGCCCUAACAAGGCAAGGCGAAGGCCUUCGCACAUUCAUUCUGCCCUGAUGUUAAGCAGAUUCUACAGGAGAAGGAAGGCGGUACUAGAGCACCCUCGCGGCGAAUCAUCAUCUCAUUCGGCCAAGCCGAGGUUUGUGGUAUCUCAAAGCUAGAUGAGCCCUUAUGGGUUCUUGAUAACUGCAUAACCAAUACGGCUCCACCCAUCAGUAAUUUAAUAUUAAAAUGAAAAAGAUAACGAAAUCAGGAUUAAGAAGAAUUAAUCUUGAACGGAAAAUUACAUAUAUUAGUUUUCCCCUUUGUGUUUGAUCUCCAUCCUUUUUUUCACAACUUUUUGAAGGGAUUUUUCAGAAAAACAAAUAUUUAUUUUCCUUAUUUUUCGCCAUAUUAUCCUUACGAUAUUUUACGAGAUAAAUGCAUUAUUACAUCUUAAAUAUUUUUUUAUUUAUUUAAAAGUAAUGAUAUAAUAGAUAUUUACUUCUUCUUUAAUAUUAAUAUCCCCUGCAAAUUUUAUUUUUACAUCAUUAAGGGUAAUUCCAUCACUCUUGGGUUUUUCCGUCACUUAUCUCUUAUCUUAGACUUUUUCCUCUAAUUUGUGAAAAAAAAUUGCACCAUUAAAAUUAGCAGUGAAAUUUACCCAAGCGGGGGUAAAUUCAGCUAAGUCCGAAAUUAGAGAGCUUAGGAAAAAAAUUGAUGACAUGAGCCAGGAAUUCGCGAAUAUGCUGAAAGCUACGCUUGAUAAGAUGCAGGAGAGGAUUGAGUUAGCAAAUACGCAGUGGGAUUCAGAUGUUGCAGAAAUGCCAUUGAAAAGAUUAGACAGCUAA